UCAAAACCCUCUUCUCUCUCGUUUAUUUUAACUGUUCAGCCAAAACCCUCUACUCUCUCUCUCCAAGCUCUUCCCUUGGUUGCUUCCUCUUCUCCGCUCCUGCCUCCUCCUAUUCGGCUUGUUUUUUCAUCGCAACAGAAUAUGACGAUUGACAAGAGUUGGAUGAGUGUGAAGGAUCGAUCAUCUGAUGAGUAUGUAGGAGGUGUGAAGGCAUUUGUUGAAAGAGCCAAGACUUACAUGAACGAGCAAGGUCAAAUCAGAUGUCCAUGUGCUGUUUGCUUGAAUCGAAAUCUCCACGAUUCGAGUACAGUUGAGCAUCAUUUGAUAGAGAAAGGUAUACAGCAUACGUAUACUAUUUGGGCAUACCAUGGGGAGUCUUACCCACCUCAAGAGUGUGAAAGUGAAGACUCUAUGGAUGAAGAGGAGAGUGAGACUGAGAGGGUUAAAUUGGCUGAUGUGUUGGGGGAAGCAAGUGAGGGUCUUACCUUAUCAGAUAAAUUGAUGCAUUUGAAGGCGUUUCAUCAGUUGAGUAAUGAGUCAUUUGAUGCGCUUGUCAAGUUGUUGAAAGAAGUUUUCCCUGAAGGGACGGUUUUGCCAGAACCUCAAUGUGAAACAGAGAGCAAGGCUCAGAGUAUGCAGAAGAAGAGGAAGAACAACAAGAAGAAGUAGGGAACGUGAGACUAUAUGAACCAUAUGAAUUAGGAAGGAUGCUACGUAGUAUUAGUAUUUUAUGAAUGUUAUCACAUCAUAUGAAUAUGUUUAUAUGUGUGGAAUUUUUAAAUGUCUAUAUUAAUGUUUUGCUAUGUGUUUUUA